AUGAAACUCUCUAUGAUCCUCUUGGCAGGCUCGGCUACUGCUGCUCUUGCCCGGGACUCUCUCUUUAAGCGUGGUCAAUCUCUUGAGCACGCUGUUCGCCAAUCACCAGAGCUCGCUGCUCAGAUGAUCAGACGUCACUACGACGAUCAAGGAAACCCUCUCUGUAAAUGUCCAAGUGACCACCAAGACCAAGGCUCACACGAUGGAUCAAAGACGUGGUGGGGCCAUAACGGCACCCACGGUGAUCAUGGUGGUGAAAAAAGCGAGGAAGACUGCGAUGAUACCAAUCCUGCACCUUCAAAGCCAGAUAAACAUGGCGAUCACGGUGGCCAUGGUGGUGGCCAUGGCGGUGACAAAGGCGAGGAAGACUGCGAUGAUACCAAUCCUGCGCCUUCAAAGCCAGAUGAACAUGGCGAUCACAGUGGCCAUAACGAUGACAAAGGCGGACAUGGUGGCCAUGAGGAUGAAAAAGGCGGUGAUAAAAGCGAAGAGGACUGCGACGAAACCACUCCUGCACCUCAGCCAACUAAGGCACCAGCACCAGCACCAUCUCCAAAACCAUCUGACAAUGGUAACGGCAAUGAUAAGAAAGACGAAGAAGACUGCGAUGAAACCACCACCCCAUCGCCUCAACCAACUAAUACUCCAGCACCAGCACCAGCACCAUCACCAAAGCCAAAAGACAACGCAAGUGAAGACUGUGAUGAAACAACAACACCACCACCACCGCCAUCAACUUCAACGACACCACCACCAUCAACUACCCCAGCUACGCAAAACAGCUCUAAACCAGUAGUCACAUUCACUAACUCAGGUAAAGUGACUUCUGCCGCGGUGUCUGGGACACCUACUAGUGGAAAAGACGAUGGAAACUGUGGUGACUCAACUGCUCUCAUUGAUCUUGACACUGGUCUCAACAUUGGUGACGGAUCACUUUUGGAUGUCGGUGCAUGUGCACAUGUUGGUCACCUCCUCAACCUCGGUGCAGGAAUCAAGCUUGGUAAGCGUCAUGCUAUCGUUCGCAACGAGUACAUCAAGACAUUUAAGCGUGACGAUCUCGUUGAUGCCGACCUCGACGCUAGCGUAUUGAGCGGUGGCAACAACAAGCGCAAUGUCAUUGAUGUUGAUGCUCUCGUCAAAAUACUAAGCAGUGACCAGCAAAAGCGCGACGAAAGUGGAAUCAAAAUCUUCAGUCGCAAUAGCCACAAAAACCACCAUCACAAGAUGCGUCGCGUUCGCAACCUUGCCUGA